AUGGCUCCUGCUGCUGCACAUGCCGCCGACGAUAUCCUGUCGCCAAUCGAUCUGGAUUCCAUUCCCUCUUUCUGGCGCCGCAAGAAUGGCAUCCUGCUCUACUUUCUGCUUACCUCGUCCCUACUGGCGAGUGCAGCGUUGGGCAUUGACGGGUCCAUGACCAAUGGCAUGCAGGUUUUGCAGUCCUGGCAGGACCGGUUCGGUCAUCCGACCGGGUCCAGAUUGGGGUUCUUCGGAGCCUCCAAUGCAAUCGGGGGCGUGAUCCCCUUCAUCUUCCUCAGCUGGAUCGGCGACAAGUUCGGUCGACGCCUACCCACCGCUCUGGGCUCGGCCAUCAUCAUCACGGGCGUUCUUAUCGAGUUCUUCGCCACCUCCUUGAACAUGUACAUUGGAGGGAAGAUCGUGCUGGGGGUGGGCUCCUCGCUUAUCCAGAUGGGUGCUCCGGUGCUGGUUACUGAGCUGUCUCAUCCGAAAGAGCGUGUGCAGAUAACCACUUUCUACAACACCUCCAUUGUGCUAGGCUACGUGAUUGGUGCUUGGGCGACGUUCGGUUGCUAUCGGAUUCAGAGCCAGUGGUCAUGGAGGCUGCCCACCCUGAUCCAGAUCGUUCCCUCGGCCUACCAGUUCUGUCUGAUCUGGUUCUGCCCAGAAUCUCCUCGAUGGUUGAUCGCCAAGGGUCGGUCGCAGGAAGCCCGCGAGAUCCUGGUCAAAUACCAUGGGGAGUGCGACCCCAACUCCGAGCUGGUCAACUUCGAAUGCGCCGAGAUCCAGCAGGCCAUCGCCAAGGAGGCAGAAAACAACAUGACCUGGAAGGAUUUCUUUUCGUCCGUACCCAACCUCAAGCGGAUAUUUCUCUGCUUCGCUACUGCCGUCUUCAGCCAGAGCUCGGGUAACCUCCUUGUCUCCAACUACCUGACGCAGAUUCUGGAGGAUACGGGCCUGAAAACCGAGUUUGAGAUUACACUGGUCAACGGCAUGGUCACACUGUGGCAGUACAUCGUUGCGAUCACGGUGACCCUGCUGAUCGACCGGUUCCGACGCCGCUUCUUCUUCUUGACGGGCUCCGGCGGCGUGCUGGCCACCUUCAUCGUGUGGACGAUCGCGGCGCAGCGCUACCUGGAGACCAACUCGCUGGCCGCGGGCCGUCUCGUGCUCGCCUGUAUCUUCGUUUUCCAGGCCUUCUACACUCUCGCCUGGACGAAUCUGAUCGUCACCUAUCCGCUGGAGAUCGUGACGUAUCAGAUGCGCGCGAAGACCUGGGCGUUCGUCCUGCUCACCAUCCAGGUGGCGUCGAUUUUCGGCGGGUACGUCAACCCCAUCGGGCUGAAGAACAUCGGGUGGAAGUUCUAUAUCUACUACUGCGUGUGGGUGGCGAUUGUCUUUGCGGUCGUCUAUUUCUGCUUCGUGGAGACUGCUGGGCCAACGCUGGAGGAAUUGACGUACCUCUUCGAGGGUCGGGAUGAGAAGAUGCAGCUGGCACAGAAGAUUGAAGAGAAUAAGCAGGAGGUUCAUGUGUCCGAGCAUGUAGAGAAGCUCGCCUAG